AUGGUUGCUCAAAAGCACAAGCAACGCAAGCAGAAAGUAAUCGAUCCAUUGAAACAAGAAGAAACAGUGCGAAAAGUUAUGGCAGUAGAAACGAAAGAACAGAAAAUCAUAAAUGAUGUGGAAUUUUCUUUGAAGCAACGACGAUUUGACAAGAUAGCGAUAGAAGAUGCGCGUGCUGAGAUGGAAGCGAUUAUUCGGCAGAAAGAGAUUAGGGAUAUGAAAAUUACCGAAGAAAAAGCAAUGUUACAGAUUCGCGAAAAUCUCAGUGCUAUUAUCGAAGCGGGUGUAAAAUGCAUUCAACCGUCAGUAAUCAUACCUAAGAAGAUUAAAUACGAUGGUCGUGCAACAUUAACAAUUAACGAUGUUAAAUAUAAAAUAAAUAAUAAUGUACACAUUGUUGGCUGGGGCAAGGAAGUUGUUGAAAUGAGCUCGGCGUUCGAAAGGAUGGUUGGUAAACAAUUGAAAAAAGGAUUUAUAGUAGUACCUCGCAAAUCGAUCUCUAUGAUGUGGAGCUUUCCGGAAGCGUUUCCAAAGUUGGACAGCCGUAUAACUUUCGUUGAAGCCGGGACGGAUGGGCAGCCGGAUGAAAAAGUAGUUGAGAUUACACGGAAAAUCAUGAAUUAUUGUAAGCGACUGAAAAAACGCGACUUGCUGAUUGUUAUGCUGUCACGGGAUUCAGACGAUCUUCUCUGCUGCCCGCGGGAUACAAUUACGUUGAGAGAUAAGUUAAGAGUUCUGAACAGGUUAAAAGCUGCUAAUGCGACUUCUGAAGAAAUCAAUAUCGUGAGGAAUAAACUUUCUGCGAUAAGAGGUGGUGAUCUGGCGCGUCUGGCUUAUCCGGCUAAAGUCAUCACCCUCUUCACAUCUGACGUGUCAGCAGAACCGCCGGAACAAUUGGGAGGUGGACCGUGCGUUCACGAUUCAAAGGACCGAAAGGCCUUGAUUAUUUUGGCGAAGUACAAACUUGUUGACAAAGUGUCGCAGAGCGUUCGCCAACUGUUGGGGGAAAUUAAUCCUCGAACAGUGGCGGCUGAUACUCAAUUAGAUGCGAAGAAGAGAUAUAAGUUCGUGCAGCAAUAUGUGAUCGCGUGCAACGCCGACGCUAUGGAAUGUAUGGCUACGGAGGCUCUCAAACUAGGACUGUCCCCCUUGAAAUUAAACUCCAUCUGUAGCGGCGGCGUCGAGGAAUUCGCGCAGGAAUACGCGAAGAUCGCGUCCUUAAUGAUCCUGGCGGUUGAGAACAAAAUUACCAAGUUGGAGAUGUACGAGCAGAUGAAGGAGAGUGCGGUGUGUCCUCUGACCGACCGGGAGGUAUGGGGGAUGUUUCCCACGAAGGACAAAUGGGGUCUAGGACUGUGCCUUCUGCUGGGAGGCCGGCCGAUUGUUCAUCUCUGCGAGCGUCCCGGGAAGGGUGGACCCAAUCAGGAGCUCGCCCUCUACUUCUCCUUAUAUUGGUACAUGCGUACGCAGCAAUAUCCAAUUUUGCGAGGAUACACCGUCUGGUUCCUCGGCGGCAGCUCUCAUGGAAAAGACGGCAAUACCAGCGCAGCUGGCGCAUUCGGAUACAAGAGCCUAGCUACUGACGUUUACCCGGAAUACGAAAAAGCGAGGAGUACGUAUAAGGCUGCCUUUCUGAGAUGGCGGAAGCUCACCAAGGAUAAACAGAGCGAAUGGGAGAUCGCGGAAGCUCGCCGGACGGCGAAAGACACGGAAGAGACGGUGGAGAGAUACGCCGCCGUUCUGCCGGAGCGAGUUUUGAAGGAAAACAACGCGAAUUUGUUUUUUUCGAGUAUCAACGACGGCGACGAGUUAUUGCUGCUGAAGAGAGAAAAUUAUUACACGCUCGCAAACGUCGGAGAUCUUCAUGUUAUACGAAUCGCGCGCUUCCAGUGCAACUGCAGCAGCGCCUGUCAUAGAGACGAAGAUAGGAUAUGCGCCGAUAGAGACUGUCCUGUCAAUCGCGCGUUAUCGGCGACGGUAGUCCCGGUGUUACAAUAUUGUUGUCGGCUCGGAGCACCGAAGAGCCGUUGAUUAUUUACGACCUUGUUGUGCGCCGGAUUUUGUGAUGGAUUUUACUCCGCUCGCGCUAAAUUCACCCGGUCCGCGCGAUUCUUUGCUUCAGCACAUGGACGUCUCAUUCAUUUCCCAUUUGGUAACACGCUAAAAAUUUAUAAACUGUUUAAAAACGUAUUUGUAUUAAUAGCACGUCUUUAAUUAAGUGCG